ACAUUGACUCUCACAUUUACAGCCCAUCGAAUCGAGAUUGCUAUGAGCAACAGGCACUGAAACAUACGGUUAUUGAAAUGAAUUCCGAGUCAUCAGAUGAUGGAGUUGAAGCUAAGCAGCAACGAAAUCUUGAUGUAGCUACUACUGCCUCGCUUGACUUAGUUGCUCUAAAUAACAAGGUGAUUUCUAUGAGAGGUCAGAUUAAGAAAGUAAAAGUUCAUGUAAUUCACAAGCUGACCAAGCAGAUAAAGACUUUCCAAAGCAAAUCAAGAGGUCCAGAAAAAGUAUUGGAAAAAAAUAAACGAAAGGCUGAAAAAUUGAUAGAGGAAGUGCAAAUCAUAAAGGAUUUAAAACCUGAUCGAAUUUCCAAAUAUGCCAUUGGUCAUACAACUUCUUUCUCUGAAGUAUGCAAAGAGCCAAGGAUGUCUUUGGAAACCCGAGCUUUGGCACGGCUAACAGAUCACAAGAUUUUACAAGACUCGGUGAAAGAGUUCAGACAAGACCACGAAGACUGGAUGUCUCUUGCAGCUUUUUUGAUGAGCCGAAAUUCGGGAAGGAGAAUCAAGAAGAAAAGUCAGAAUAGAGUGGAUAAAAUCAUUACUAAUGUCAAAGCUGGUGAAGUUCUGGUAAAAUCCUUCUUGAAAAAUCGACUUGAAGGAGAUGAAGAUGAAUUAGAGAAGAUUGUAAAUUUAAAUGCUGUAAAGAAAAAGUCCGACAAUUCGAAAGAAGAGCCUGUAGAAUGUGUAGCAAAACCAGUUUUGCCAGUAGAUGGAAAAGGGUCUGAUAUGGAAUCUGAUCUGAGUGAUGAGGAGAGUGAUGAAUGUCUUGAUGAAUCUGAUGAAAGUGAUGAAAUUCCCCAAGACUUUUCAGUAGAAACUCAUUCAGAAUCAAGGACAUCAGAUGAUUUGCCUGAUUCAACUACAAAAAGUCUUGAUAAAAGUAAACGACUGAAAAAACAUAAAACAGAGAAAACUCAAACUAAGAAACAUUCUGAAAUGGUAAUAAAGAAACUCAAUAUGGAGGACUUCAAAAGUGAUAGUGAAAUACCUACAGAAUCGCUGCCCAUGUUUUUAGUGGCUGACGAUGAGUCAGGGUCUUCAGAAAAAACCAAAACUCGAAAGUCCAAAAAGAAAGACUUGUUCUUUGUCACAAGUGAUGAUUCAGGUGAUGAGGGAGAAGAUGAAGACGAGGGGUCUGAGAAUAGCAGACUACAGGGGGAUGAUGCAGAAGACAGCGAUGAGGAGGAGGAGCUAGAGAGGGGGAAACAUGCAUUCAGGUCGACAUUCAUGGGCUCUCUGUCAGAAAAAGACUGGAGAAAAAGUACGAAGGAAAGAAACCACAGCAAUAUGAAGGGACCAACAGCACCAGGUUCUUCUUCCAAUUUUCAGAAAAGUAGAAAGGGCAGAGAUUUCCCAAAGAAGCUUCCUAAACAAAGCAAGCAGUUCAAGUCAAAGGAAGUUCAAAGUGGAUCAAAGAAAGAUACAGAGGAAAAAUUACACCCAUCUUGGAUUGCAAGCAAGAAGCGAAAGGAGCAAGCACAAAUACAGAUUUUCCAGGGAAAGAAAAUCAAGUUCGAUGAUUAGCAAUGCAAUCAAAAU